AUGAUAAUGCUCAAAUUUUCAGAUUACUGUUCCCCAAAAACAAAUGAAAUCUUUGAGCGCUAUAAGUUCAAUAGUAUUUAUCAAAAGGAAGGUCAAGCGUUCGACAGCUUCCUCACUGACCUGAGAAAAGCAGUAAAGACCACAGGAUACAAAGAACAGAAUGAAAUGAUAAGAGACAGGAUAGUAAUGGGAAUUCAUGACAAAACCACGCAAGAAAGACUGCUACGAGAAUCAAAAUUAACACUGACGAAGGCAAUUGAAUUUUGCCGAACUGUGGAAGUAAGCAAACAACAGUCGAAAACAUUGCAAGAAGGUGGUGCAGAUGUUCAUUUAGAUGCUGUAAAGCACAAGAAGCCAAAUAUGUGCAAAUAUUGUGGUUACAAACACGAUUUUAAGAAAAAGUGUCCAGCAUUUGGAAAAACGUGUGCUAGUUGCCAAGGAAGAAAUCAUUUUGCGUCUGUUUGCAAAAGCAGAACAAAGAACCACAACAAUAAAGGAGACGAAGGAAGUUCAAGAAAGAAGAAAGUUGAUGAGCUACAGAAACAAAACGAUGAACCAGACAAGGAUGGGACAGAUGCUGACAGUAGUGAGUUCUAUGUUGAUUCUGUGAAAUCAAUUGGUGCAGUGGGUGCAAAUGUAAGAGAACAAACAGUAUGGAAAAAGAAACUUAUUGUUGAAGAUAAAGAAAUUGAAUUUAAAUUAGACACUGGAGCUGAAGUGAGUAUUCUUCCUGCAUAUGCUGUUAAAUCUUGCAACUUAUCUAGAAUAAAACCUACAGAUGUAACCUUGGUAGCAUAUGGUAGUGAAAAAUUUAAGAUCAAACCUGUUGGAGAAAUUUCUUUAACUUGUAGAUGUAAUGGUAGGAAUGCUAUCAUCAAUUUUAUUGUAGUAGAUUGUAAAAAUCAAGUUCCAUUGUUGGGUUUAACUGGUUGUAUAGCUUUGAAAUUGAUCAAACGUAUAGAUAAUUUAGUGAAGAACAUUGUACAUGGGAGCAAGACAAUUUUUAGAUCACUUGAGGAUAUUAAGCUAAUGUAUCCACAGGUAUUUGAAGGCCUUGGUAGAUUUCCGAAUGAGUAUCAUAUCAGUUUGAAAGAGGAUGCAGUACCUCAUAUUUCUGCAAUUAGACGAGUUCCUCAAACCCUUAGAGAAAAACUUAAAACUAAACUUGAUCAAAUGUGUGAAUUAGGAGUAAUUAGAAAAGUUGAUAAACCAACAGCAUUUUUACAUCCUUUAGUAAUAGUAGAAAAACCUAAUGGUGAUUUAAGAUUGUGUCUUGAUCCCAAAAGCUUAAAUGAAAGUAUUAAACGAGAACAUUUUCUCAUACCAUCUCUUGAAGAAAUAACUUAA